AUGUUUGCUCACACGAAUCCCGAACGUCUUAAACUGCUGAAUCACAACGAAGAACAACGCAAUCUUAAGCCCGGCCAGUGUAAUAAGUUCCUGCACGUUGUCAUCGACCCGGCGUUUCUAAAGGAACCACACGGUGCACUAGUGCUAUCGAAACUCUCCGAACUAGGAUGCAAGUACGAGCUGGCAGCGCAACCGUGCGCCUCCACCAUAACGUUCUACCGCUGCCUUCCGAUGAAGCUGACCACCGGUGGCACGGUGUCAGAAAAAAGGGCCGAUGAACCAUUCGCGGUGCAUCUCAUCGAUGGUGCCACAUUCGUGACUUACGUUCGCAACCACCAACUCUUGGCCGUGAUACGUGGUAUCAAAGAGCAGCUUCCGAAACGCCGCUUAAGCCUGCUCGUUUUUGGACUCCUCGCCUGGUGCCGUGUACAUCGCGGAUGUGUCGGACGUCGCGAGACGGAACACGCCCUUACGGAGGUGCAGCUGCACGAGGACGUUUCCUAUCAGCUGCUGGAAACGGACGAACAGGUGGCAAAUUUUGUGUGCCAUUUCGCGCGCGGCAUUGCCGAGCGGCCCUACAAGCAGCAGCAGAUGGAGAAGCACAGCCACGACCAGGUGUACUUUGGAAACGAGAAAAAAGGAUGCGUACGCGUGGAGGGCACCGCCGGAUUGCAACAGCUGUAUCAAGCGCAACUCAUCAAGAUACCAGCGGUUACGCUGGAGAUAGCCGAAGCCAUUAUGAGCGUCCAUCCGUCGAUGAAGUCGUUGUUGGAAGCCUUUCGGAAUGCGGGCCCCAACGAGGCACCAAACGUGCUGGCCGGCGUUUCUAUUCGCAGAGCCGGUGGACCGAUUACUACCUCCAACCGAAGGAUAGGCCCGGAACUCAGCCGCAAAAUAUACCUCAUGUACGCGUCCACAAACUCGAAACAAGAACUAUGA